GUGAGGCUCGGACAGUGCUCGGCUCCAGCGCUUUAUUUUAAGAUGAUCGGCCAAGGUCUUUGCAGAUAGAUUUUUAUCUGAAGUUAAAUAGCAGGCGCUCGCCGCUCCCUGGCCAAUAAGUCAUUUUUAAUAGAGACAAAUCGCCCUGGACGCCCCGGAGCGCCGGUGCCGCCGCUCCUGCCCGCGCCCCCCGCCGAAGGCGAGCGGGCAGCCCGGGCAGCUCCCUCCUCCCGUAAGUGUCCUGCUCGGCGGAGCCGGAGCGCGGCCGUGUGCGGAGAAGGGGAGGCGAGGGGGGGGAGAGCCUGCCAGCCGCCCCGCCGCCCUGACAGUGCCUGCGCCGGAUGCACAGCGGCCGCGGGACACCUCGGUGCGGAGCGCGGCGAGGAGAUGCGCAGGGGCGGCGGGCUGCGCCGCGGCGCUCAGCCCCUCUAGGCUCGCCCAUGGAGCACCCCGCGGAGCCCCGGCCGCCGUCGGACCCCCCACGCCGCUGGUGAGAGCUCUGCUUGUUCUAUAAAGUGGAUGUCAGGUGGAUCUAUGUUCUGGAAGGAACAAAGAGGCAGCGAAGGCAGCGCGGGGGAAGUUUGAGCGGCGAGGAUGCAGGCUGUGUACUGGUACGCGGUCCUUCUGCUGCAGCCCACCCUCUACCUGGUUACCUGUGCAAAUUUGACAAAUGGAGGAAAAACAGAACUUCUAAAAUCAGGAAGCUCCAAAUCCACACUAAAGCACAUAUGGACAGAAAGUAGCAAAGACUUGUCCAUCAGCCGACUGCUGUCACAGACUUUUCGUGGAAAGGAAAAUGAUACAGAUUUGGACCUGCGGUACGAUGCCCCAGAAACUUAUUCUGAGCAAGAUCUCUGGGACUGGCUGAGGAACUCCACAGAUCUGCAAGAGCCUCGGCCCAGAGCAAAGAGACGGCCCAUCGUCAAGACUGGGAAAUUUAAGAAAAUGUUUGGCUGGGGCGAUUUUCAUUCCAACAUCAAGACUGUGAAGCUAAAUCUGUUAAUAACAGGGAAAAUCGUUGACCAUGGCAAUGGGACGUUUAGUGUUUACUUCAGGCAUAACUCCACUGGUCAAGGGAAUGUAUCUGUGAGCCUAGUGCCCCCUACAAAAAUAGUGGAAUUUGACUUGGCACAACAGACGGUGAUUGAUGCCAAAGAUUCCAAGUCCUUUAACUGUCGAAUCGAGUACGAAAAGGUUGACAAGGCUACCAAGAACACACUCUGCAACUAUGACCCUUCAAAAACCUGUUAUCAGGAGCAGACCCAGAGCCACGUGUCAUGGCUCUGCUCCAAGCCCUUUAAAGUAAUCUGUAUUUACAUUUCCUUUUAUAGUACAGAUUAUAAACUAGUACAGAAGGUGUGUCCUGAUUACAACUACCACAGUGACACACCCUACUUCCCAUCAGGGUGAGGACCAACACGUGUCUGAGACUGAAGCCUGGGGAAUAAAAGAGGUCGUAUGACAGGGCUGUAACCUCAAGGAGGAAGGCCACAUCUAUUGCCUGGAAUGUGUCUACCUGCUGCUGCUGAUGUCAAAUGGCUGCAAAUAUGUUAGUGGAAAACAGUCUAAUGUAAUUUUUGCCCAGUCAGCUCCAUGUAUCAAUCUAGUUGUAAAUCACUAUGGAUUUGAAAUAAAACCAUACACAUACACAGAGACACACACUCUUUUCAGCUCACAUCUGUUGAGAUUCCUGUUAAGAGAGCUUUCAUUGUCUGAUAUCCGAGGUUUCAGGAUAACCUAUCAUCAAGCAAAAUGGAUUAACUAGACAGAAAAUGGUUUCUAACGCAGACUGUUAUGGAAAUCUCUUUGAAAGUGCUUUGAGUACACGCCAAUCAAUAAUCCCCACUCAUGCGUUCUACUGCUUGGAGUAGCUGUACUGGUAAAUAAUACUGUAGGAGUAAAUACUUGUUAAAAUGGGAAAAAUGUGUGUCUAAAGUUCAGUAUUCCUUAUUAUAUGAACACAGCAAAGCAUCGUGACUUUUUUCCAGCAUACAGUAGGCACAUUCGAGGUAGUGUUACGUGGCUCUUUUUCCACAGAGUGAGCCUGUUACUAGUAAAGAUGGGCAAACAUUUGGAAUUUACAUGUGGGCAGACAUUCUGGUUUCAUGUUUCUCUGACUCUUUAAGCUCUGAUUCUUUAAACCUGGUUGAGUUUAGGCCAGCUAAGCUACUUAAAAACUCUCCAACUGAUCUCUAAGAAGGAAAAUGCCUGGCGGAGGACAUGUAAGUUAUAAGUGGCUGUCUUAUCUUUAUUACAAAAUAUUGUAACAAAUUCAAUAUCCUAGUCUUCAUUUGUAUGAAUGGUUUGUAUUGUAUAUAAUUUAACCGGUGUUAUUUGAGCUGCUUAUUAAUAUUAACUUGUAAUUGUCUCUCUGCUUGUUAUUGGUUAAAAACAAUCAAGGAAAUGAGGAAUCCAUUUUAUCAAUGUAGCUGUAAACUCCAUUAAAAGACAGAACUAUGUACAAAGCAUUUAUUCAGCUAAAGUAUUGUUGAAAGCUAUACAUAUACAACAUUACAGUCUGUCUGUAUUUAGAUAUUUUAUUUCCAGAGGAAGAAAAUGAACUGUACAUAAAAAUAAAAAGUCUUAAAGUUGAGUUUCAA